UUCUGUUUAAAUUGUGUAUUCGAAAUUUAAAAACUUGUGUCUAUGUAAAGUUGCUAUGAGAGGUAUUUUUUGUUUGUCUGUCCGAGUGUAACAACCGUGUACGAAACCAAGAAAUGGGUUUAUAAUUGGCCUAAAUCAAAGUCCGGGAUGGAACACGUAAGAAUGUAGAGGCGUAGAAAAUGUCGCAGCGCGAUUUCUCGGAGGUAGAGCCAAGCGGCUCAGCGUCUCUCGGGGCCGCGUCCAGAGCGCUGUUCGUGGAGAAAGUGAGGGCUUCAAACGCGGCCUGUCAAGCUGGUGACUUCUCCACGGCCGUUGCCUUGUACACAGAUGCCUUGACCUUAGAUCCUGCUAACCAUAUACUAUAUAGCAACAGAUCAGCAGCGAGGCUUAAACAAGGACAGUUCGCAGCCGCACUCCAAGAUGCUACAAGAGCUCGCGAACUUUGCCCAAAUUGGCCGAAAGCCUAUUACAGACAGGGCGUCGCACUCCAAUGCCUCGGUCGUCACGGCGAGGCUCUCGCGGCCUUCAGCUCAGGGCUGGGAGUGGAGCCAUCGUCGAGGCAACUAUUGGCAGCCCUCGUUGAAGCUUCCCUCAAGUCUCCGUUACGAACCACCUUGGAACCUACAUUCAGGCAACUUGAAGCUAUGAAAUUGGAUCAAUCACCAUUUGUACUGAUAUCGGUUGUCGGUCAAGAACUGUUAGCGGCAGGCCAGUACCAAGCCGCAGUAACAGUCCUCGAAGCAGCACUGAGAAUUGGAUCUUGUUCCCUAAAAUUAAGAGGUUCGGUCUUCAGCGCACUAUCAUCAGCUCAUUGGGCGCUCAGUCAAUUAGACGCUGCUAUCAACUACAUGCAGCAAGACUUGGCGGUGGCCAAAUCACUUGGAGACACGGCGGGGGAAUGCCGAGCUCACGGUAACCUCGGCGCUGCUUACUUCAGCCAAGGAAGCUAUAAGGAUGCUCUGACCGCGCAUAGAUAUCAACUGGUCCUGGCUAUGAAAUGCAAGGACACACAGGCAGCGGCUGCGGCGCUGACAUCGUUAGGGCACGUCUACACAGCCAUCGGGGACUACCCAAACGCGCUCGCGAGCCACAAGCAAUGCGUGCAACUCGUCAAGCAGAUGGGCGAUAGAUUGCAGGAGGCAAGAGAGAUUGGCAACGUCGGUGCUGUUUAUCUAGCUAUGGGCGAAUUCGAUUCAGCCGUGGAUUGUCACACACAGCACUUAAGAUUAGCGAGGAGGCUCGGAGAUCAGGUUGAAGAAGCAAGAGCUUACUCAAAUCUAGGCUCAUCGUAUCACUAUAGGAGAAAUUUCACACAAGCAAUUGCUUACCACGAAAAUGUUUUAAGACUGGCACAAAACCUAGGCGACAGAGCAAUCGAAGCCAGAGCUUACGCGGGCUUAGGACACGCAGCCAGGUGUGCGGGAGAUUACGCGCAAGCGAAGAAAUGGCACGAGAGACAGCUUGAUGUCGCUCUGGCGGCUAGAGAUAAGGUCGGUGAGGGCAGAGCAUGCUCCAAUCUAGGGAUCGUGUAUCAAUUACUGGGAGAACACGACGCUGCGCUAAAAUUGCAUCAGGCUCAUCUAUCCAUCGCUAGACAACUUCAAGAUAAAGCUGGUAUGGGUCGAGCGUAUGGAAACAUCGGUAACGCGUACUCCGCAGCGGGGUUCUACGAACAGGCCAUCAAGUAUCAUAAACAAGAACUGACUAUAUCUAAAGAGGUCCACGACAGGAGUUCCGAAGCUUCCACUCAUGGGAACUUGGCUGUAGCGUACCAAGCUCUGGGUGCCCAUGAUAUGGCGUUAUUUCAUUAUAGAGCACAUUUAGGAAUAGCACGAGAACUAAAAGACGCGGCGGGCGAAGCGUGCGCUCUUCUCAAUCUUGGCAAUUGUUUGUCGUCGAGGGGAGAAUUCGCUCAGGCGGUCCCGUACUACGAGCAGCACCUGAUGCUCUCGCAGGAAUUGGGAGACGUAAUUGCCGAAGCAAAGGCAUGCCAUUUCCUAGGCUAUGCUCAUUAUUGCUUGGGAAACUAUAAGGAAGCUGUCAGAUAUUACGACCAAGACUUAUCACUAGCCAAGGAUCUUCAGGAUAAAAUGAACAUGGGCCGUGCGUAUUGCAAUCUUGGCUUAGCGCAUCUUGCUUUAGGAAAUCUGGAAACAGCGCUGGAAUGCCAAAAGUACUUCCUCGCUAUAGCUCACAUGACACAGCACUUGCAAGGAAAGUUUAGAGCGCUUGGAAAUAUUGGUGAUGUUCUGAUAAAAAUGGGAGAUGUCGAGGAGGCUGUGAAGAUGUACCAGAGACAACUCGGAUUUGCUAGACAAGCUCGUGAUCGAUCUCUGGAAGCCGCGGCGUGCGGUGCGCUGGGACUCGCGAGAAGAUUGCAAAGAAGAUUAGAUGCAGCCUUAGGACAUCACACACAGGAGCUGACGCUGCGGCAGGAGGCGGGCGACGCGGCGGGCGAGGCGCGCGCGCACUCGCACCUCGGCGCCGUGCACAUGGCGCUCGGGCACUACUCGCACGCCGCCCGGUGCUAUCGGGAGCAACUAGAAAGAGCUCAGGAACUGCAAGAUUGUACGCUCGAAGCUCAAGCGUAUGGCAACCUUGGAAUUGCUAAACUAAACAUGGGACAUUAUGAAGACGCCAUAGGAUAUUUAGAACAACAAUUAGCUAUCCUGGAGCGAGUGAACACUCCGACAUGUCACCUCGACAAGGCGCGGGCGCUGGGCUCGCUCGGCGACUGCUACGACGCCCUCGGUGACCCCGACGAAGCCGCCAAGUAUCACGAGCAACACUUGGCCGCUGCGCUGAAAUUAGACAAUACACGGGAACAGGAAAGAGCGUAUCGAGGUCUUGGACUAAGUCACAAAUCUGUCGGAAACCUUCAACAAGCGCUGGUCUGUCUCGAGAAGCGUCUGGUGGUGUCGCACGAGCUGGGCGUGCCAGAGGCGAAGGCGCAGGCUUACGGUGAACUCGGCGCGUUGCACAUCGCUCUCAACAACCUCGAGCAAGCCGUAUCUUGUCUAGAACACCAGAAAAGCAUUGCCAAGGAGCUGAACAACCAGAUAAUGGAGGCGGAGGCGUGCCACGCGCUGGGCGCCGCGCACCACGCGCUCGGCGACCACGCCGCCGCCGUGCGCCACCACCGCGCCGAGCUCGAGCUCGCGCACCGCCUGGGGCUCACGCAGCUGCAGGCGCGUGCGUGCGGCGGCCUGGGCGCGGCGCACGCGGCGCUGGGCGCGCAGGCGGAGGCGGCGCGCUGGCACGAGUCGCGGCUGCGGCACGCCACCGCCGCCGGCGACGCGCGCGGGCGGGCGCACGCGCUGGCCGACCUGGGCCGCGCGCACCUCGCCAUGGGCGCGUGCGGCAGCGCCGUGUCCUACCUGCGGCAGGCGCUCGCCGCCACCGAGGGGCUCGCCGACGGUGACGAGGAGGCUCGAGUUCGCCAUAGACUCGGAUUUGCACUUUGGGCUUCUGGAGAACUGGAGGAAGCAAAGGAACAACUGCAAGCGGCGCUCACAGUCCUGGGACCUGGAUAUGAGAAACAUCGAGACCGGAAGACAGCUGCACUGUACACUUCUACACAGCAUGCCUUACAGAGAGUGCUUGUCGAGCUGGGCCGGCACCACGAGGCGCUGGUGGUGGCGGAACGCGCGCGCGGGCGGGCGGCGGCCGAGCGUUCGGCCGGCGCACUCAGCCACGCCAACCUCGAACUGCACACUGCGCAGAGUAGGAACCUAACUGAGGAUAGUGCUAAAGAGCGCCCGGAGCCGUGGUGUCCGUCCACGGUGGAACAAGUGCUCGAAGUUGUGAAUAAGCAGAAAUCGCCGGUGCUUUACUACAGCAUCGCUGCCGGAAGACUCUACGCUUGGCUACUUCAACCACAUAAGGGUAUCCUGAGAUUCCAUCAAGCAUGUUUACUCGAUCAGGCAGAGGAUAGCGAUAAUAGUCUCCCAGACAUAAGCCCAGACGAUCUACAAACCAACACAAGUGGCGGAAAACUGGAGCGUUGGAUCAAAGAAUGGUCCUCGUGGCUCCGGACGGCACGUGUCGAAGACGAGCGCUGCGACAACGACGACCGGCCCGGUGCCGGACUUGCCCGGAUGGUAACACGCAACCACCUGCUGAAUUCAUCCAACUACUCGCUGAGCUCGCUGUUCAGUGUGGGUUCAGUGGGCGGCUCCGUCGCUGGAUCCGUCGCGAGCCUUCAAGGAUCAACGAGGUCGAGCGUGCACGGCCCCCGCCGGAAGCAGCCGGCGUGGCAAGGCCCGCCCUGCCUCACCUCCCUCUACCAGAUGCUCAUAGCACCUUUCGAAGAUCUGCUACCAGCUUCUUGUAACAACACUCACGCGAGCCACGGCGGGCGCGGCUGCGGCGGGCGGCGCGAGGUGGUGCUGUCGGUGGAGGGCGCGCUGUACGCGUGUCCGUGGGGCGCGCUGCGCGGCGCGGCGGACGGCGAGCCGCUGUGCGAGCGGUACGCGCUGCUCGUGGCGCCCGCGCUGCGCCCGCUGCGCGCGCGCCACCUGCGGGCCAAGGCGCACCACGACCAUGGGGGCGCGGGGGGCGCGGGCGGCGCGGACGCGGGCAUGCGCUGCGUGGUGGCGGGCGUGCGCUGGGCCGGCGCGCCCGCGCUGCUGAAGGAGGCCGAGCUGGUCGCCGACAUGCUGCGGGUGGCACCGCUCCUCGACUACCAGGCGUCAAAAGAAGCGGUCCUAGCGCAACUUCCACAGGCAGAAUGUGUCCACUUCGCUACGCAUAUCUGUUGGAAAACGCCUGGAAUCAUCCUCAGUCCAGGAGAAGUGGUGGACUCGCAAGCCAAACGACUGCUGAACACCAGCACGGGAAGCGGAGCCGCGGACACAUCCACUGAGAACGAGGAAGAGAACGCCGAACUGUCGCCAAGCAACGAUGAGCUACCGCCCGCUUCGGAAUACAUGCUCACGGCAGCAGAAAUCAUGAAUUUGAAAAUCACUGCGAGAUUGGUUGUAUUGUCGUGUGCACCGUCGAGUGCCGCUUUCCAAGACUCCGAGGACGCGGAAUCAGUAACGACAGCCGGCGAGGGCGUAUCUAAACUCUGCAGAGCUUUCCUCGCUGCAGGAGCUCAGGCUAUACUGGUCACGCUCUGGCCGGCGCCGCAAGACACCGCCACCAAGAUACUAUAUAGAGCCCUAUACUCGGCGCUGCUGCAAGGAAAUAGAGUCGCGAAGGCUCUGGGCGACGCGAUGCAGACGGUGCGGCACACGAAGCACUUCUCGCACCCGGCGCACUGGGCGGGGCUGGCGCUGCUCGGCGCCAACGUGCGCCUCAGCAACAAGGUGGCGCUGCUGGGGCAGGCGCUCUGCGACCUGCUCGCCGCGCCCGAGCGCUGUCGGGAUGCGUUACGUGUAUGCCUGCACCUGGUAGAGAAAUCCCUGCAAAGAAUAGUAAGAGGACAGAAGAACGCAAUGUAUACAACGCAGAAGAGCAUCGAGAACAAGGCCGGCACUGCAACCGGCUGGAGAGAACUUCUGAUGAGUGUAGGCUUUAGAUUUGAACCGGCGGCCAAUGGAAUACCCUCAAGCGUAUUCUUCCCUCAAAGUGAUCCUGAAGAAAGAUUAACGCAAUGUUCUGCCAGUCUUCAAGCACUGUUGGGAUUGACUCCAACAACGCUGCAAGCAUUGUCUAAACUUAUAUCGAACGGCGGUGAUGUCGCAGACGAUAUCAUUGGCGUGAUUCGCUCCGUCAUAUCUCAGUUCUCCAUCAAGAACUUGGAAACCGAAACCAUCGAAGUUGCUGUUAAUGUCAGAUUGUGGCGAGUCAAUGGAUGUCACGAACUGCUGGCGUCGCUGGGCUUUGACUUAGCAGAGGUCGGUCAAGAUGAGGUUACACUUCGUACUGGCAAAGCGGCUAACAGACGCCACAUACAAUUUGUGCUACAGGCACUACUUGCUUUGUUUGAUACGCAAGAAGCACCGCGCAGCCUAAGCCUAGGGUCUAGCUCUAGUGUUGAAUCAUUGGCAUCCAUCGACGACGGAGAUUUGGAACAACAUUCAGAUGGCGAACAAGCACCGAGACAGCAUCGACAGGAAAGUGUCUCGUCGGUGCCACCGCCCCCAUUACCGCUUGGUUCGUGUGGCGGCGCCUUCACGAUGUACGUCCGCGGCUCCAGCUCCAGCACGGAGGUGGGUCGCGGCGAGCCGGACGGCCGCACCGCCCCGCCGCCCGCGCCGCCCCCGCCCCGAUACCGCGGAGAGAGCGACGCCGCCUUUACUCCCUCGCCACCUGCCGCCCCGCCCUCCACUUCCUCCGCACCCCCGCGUGACGUAUCCCUGGCGCUUGCUCACCAGACAAAGAUCAGGACGCUCUACACGAGACGCCCUCCCUCGACCGACGACUCUGACUGGGAGAGCUCCGGCCACGACACGGUUCUCCGCCGUCGACCGGAUCACUCGCACCAGAGGUACUUAGAUGCUUUCUACGACCUCGCCUCGGCUCAGACGCGACGAACCGAGGAGGAUAAGGCCGAUCAGGCGAUGAAUCAACCUUCGACGUCAAAGAGGGCUUCGAGACCGAAAAUGGGAACGAACGGUCGGGACUCGAUGGCCCAGGUGAGACAUAUGAGCGGCGAACUGACGCCGACCAUUUCCGAAGUGUACCACGAGAGAAACAUCGGCUUAGGACUUGCCCCUCCGCUAGCGGAACUUCUGCUGGCCGAGGAGUCGAAGACUGAGAUGCGAGCGGCAAGUUCCAGUGAAAAUUUGCUACUACAGAACUUGGAGAAAUUGGGAUUACUCGGUGAUACGAGUGAGUCCGACGAACGAUGGUGUAGUCCCAGUGCUUCUAGACCAUGGCUGUCCGCCGCACCACUAGAAACAGACAUUCACAGUUCAGAUUUAACGACGGCUGAAAUUAUAGAACGCAAGAACAAAUUCAAAAAAGACACUGAGCCGAAGAGGAAAGAGGAGAAUGUUUACGAUUUGAAACCUAAAGAGGAAAAUCCUGGGCCGAGUGGAAUCGAAAAACGAUCAGUGUCUCCUUUCUCUGAACUUUCUAGAAGGGACGAAGGGGAUGGACGAAGUAUAGCCGAUUCGCACUCGAGUUAUAAGGCAUUAGUCUUGAACCCUAGAACGCCGUUCUUACCUGAAGAGGGAGAAGCCGGUAUCAGUGCUAGUACCGAGGGGGGUAAGACGCACCCGCGAGUUCGUCGACCCCCCGUCCCGCGAGCUAGGCCCGCAUAUACGACACUAGACUUUCCACCGAAUAAUAAAUUGUGAUUAAAUACUUAAUAAAUAUGACAGGACGUCAUUAUUGUAUAUCGAAAGUUUCUUAGCUAUUGUUUUGUAUUUGAAACUCUUCAAACGGCUAUGAUUGCACAAAUGUAUGUAUAUUUUUGUAAAAAUACGUUUAUGAUAUAAAUACUUCGAGUAACUAAAUUUAAUUAGACGUAACGAUUCGAUUUAUGAUUUUCUUAGUAGGUUAUUUAUUUUAGCUUAUUUCUCUUUUUAAUUAUAUUGUUAAUGUUUGUACCUUAUAACGAAUAGUAUUCAAUCUAAUUCUUGCCAUUUAUCAGCCUUUAUGUAAAAAUGUAACUAUAAUUAAAUACAAUACUC